CGAGAAAAACAACGCAAAAAUAAAAAUUGAAGGAAAAAAUUGAAAAACUCCCAAAAAACUCAAAUUAAAAGGAUAAAAAGUGCGAAAAAGUCUCUUCAACGAUGGGAGCCGUACUUGGAUUAUGUUCAGCUGCUCAACUCGCUUGUUGUUGCACAGGCACUGCCUGCAGCUUAUGUUGCUCCGCGUGCCCCUCAUGUCGUAACUCGACCUCGUCUCGUCUCAUGUACGCCAUCAUGUUGAUCGUUACAGCUGUUUUGGGAGCAAUCGCUUUAACGCCAGGACUCGCGGAUUUCCUGCGAAAAGUUCCGUUUUGCGCAAAUUCGACUUCUGUCGCAAAAUACGCCGUUCCCGAUGUCGAUUGUACUUACGCAAUUGGUUACAUGGCGGUUUAUCGUCUUUGUUUUGCGCUCGUUUGCUUCUUCAUGUGCAUGUCGAUCAUCACAAUUGGCGUUCGUUCGUCCCGUGAUCCUCGAGCGCCCAUCCAAAACGGCUUCUGGGGCUUGAAAUAUUUAAUCGUGGGCGGAAUUACGAUUGGCGCGAUGUUUAUUCCGCAAGAAAAUUUCGGCACGGCUUGGAUGUGGAUCGGAAUGCUCGGAGGACUUGGAUUUAUUUUGGUGCAAUUGGUGUUGAUCGUUGAUUUUGCGCACAAUUGGGCUGAAGCAUGGGUUACGAAUUAUGAGGAGACCGAAUCGCGUGGUUGGUGGUGUGCUUUGUUGUCGGCAACGGGCAUCCAGUAUGUCGUUUCGUUCACGGGAAUCGUUCUUUUGUUCGUUUAUUACACGAAAUCCGAGGCUUGUGGCUUGAAUAAGUUCUUCAUCAGUUUUAAUAUGCUCUUGUGCAUUGCCGUGAGCAUUUUGUCCGUAUUGAAUCCCAUUCAGGAACGUCUCCCGAAAUCCGGAUUGCUUCAAAGCUCUUGUGUAACGUUGUACACAAUGUACUUGACAUGGUCUGCCAUCGCCAAUAAUCCAGAUCACAACUGCAACCCCGGAAUGAUCCCAAUUCACGAUCAAAACACUCGCGUAACCUUCGACAAAACUGCCAUUGUUGGUUUGUGCAUCUGGAUGGCUUGCAUCUUCUAUUCCUCGUUGCGUUCUGCCUCCCAAGCUGCCCGAAUUGUAACUUCUGACUCGAGCGAAAUGAAAGUCUUGACAGAAAACUUGGGAAGUGGCGAUGCCGAGUCCGGAGGUCGUAGCGGAAGUGCAAACGAAAAAGUUUGGGACAAUGAGGAAGAUGGCGUUGCUUAUUCUUGGUCAAUUUUCCAUUUUAUCUUCGCUUUGGCUACGUUGUAUGUCAUGAUGACGCUCACCAAUUGGUAUCAACCAAACUCAACAUUGGAGACUCUCAACUCGAACGCAGCUUCGAUGUGGGUUAAAAUUAUCUCCAGCUGGCUUUGCGUUUUGAUCUAUGGAUGGUCUCUUGUUGCCCCAAUCGUCCUCAGCGAUCGUGAAUUUGACUAAAAAUGCUCCUUUUUUGACUCAAUAUUCGCUUUUGGUGUCUAAAAUGGAAAAAUUUAAUUAAGACUACUCCAGUUUAAGGAUCAAAAAUUAUUAUUAUUACUAAGUAGAAGUACUUUACUUAUUUAAAAGUUCAGAAAUUAUUUUUGUGAAAUGGAAAAAUAACAGAAAAUUUGAUUUUUUCAAAAGGAAUGAAUGGAAAGGAUGUGAUUAAAAAUAGUUUUAAAUGAAAUAUUUACCUACCAAAUGACUCUUUGUGUUAAGUUAAGAUGAAAAAAGCUCCAUGCUAAUCUGAUUUUUUAAUUUUUUAUAUUAAGAAAUGUAUUCGUAGCUGAUUAUUUUGAAGCUAAAUUCACACUAAAUAUUUAGAGAAUUAAUAAACGAUCAAUUAAA